CUCUGGCCCACACAUGACACAGAAACCUUUUUUUUUUUUUUUUUUUAAUUGCACACAGUGCCUUUCAUUUACCCUUUCAGUUCAUGUCUUUAUGCACUGAACUCCACACUUGGAGAUACAAACAGAUGUGAUCAGCCAGACACCAGCAAAAUCAGAACCACAGCAACAAAACCUCAGAGAAGUAUGGACAAAGAGAGAGAGAUGAUGAUGUUGUGUCUGCUUUUGGCAGCUAUUUGCAGCCCUGUGCUUAGUGAAUCAUGGAAGGCCACUGUUGUGAAAAAUCUUGACGUCUUGGUUUCAUCGUGUGUUGUGGUGCCCUGUUCAUUCAGCCAUCCCAAAGAAAAGCUGCCCACCUCCAGACUCAGAGGGAUCUGGCAUCGUUCAGACAAAAGAGAUGAAAUAAUCUACUACGAGGAUAAGACAAGAGUCUUGGAAAACUUUAGGGGCCGCACACAGAUGUUGGGAGAUUUGGGUCAGAACAACUGCACCUUAGAAAUAGUUGAAAUUAAAAAUCAUGAUAAUGGCCCUUUCUGUUUCCGGAUUGAACUAGCACGAACAGAGACUGACACAGAGACCAAAGACAAGUUCUCCUUUGUUGAGGAUUGUGUCGAGCUGAAUAUGCUCCCUGGACCACCAAAGCCUAAACUGGUUCACCUACAGACAGGCACUGAGGGACAUCCGUACAUUGUCACCUGUUCAGUCACCCACACCUGUCCUUCUCAUCCACCUACACUCACAUGGAGUAGGAGCACCAGAGAUGGGCUCAUUGAGGAUCACAGAGAAAUUCAUUCUGGCUUCUGGGAGACUCAGUCCAUCCUGACGUUUAUUCCUGAGGUGAAGGAUGAUCACAGUGAAAUCACCUGCACAGCUGAGUUUCAUAAACAGCAGACAUCCUCUGCAACAAUGAAAGUCUAUGUCAAACGAUCAGAAAACUAUAACCACAUCAUCAUUCCCGCUGUGGUGGGGGUUGCUACUGCCGUGAUCUUUGGAGUCUUCUGCAUUUUCAUGGUGAAAAAAUACAAGAGUCGCAUUGCAGAGCUCCAAAAUCAAGAGGGCACCAUGUGGAACCGGCUUUCCAGACUGUCCCGCAGGAACAGAGUUUGAAGAAAUGAAGUCAAGAGACAAAUCAUUUGCUGUGGAGUUGAUACUUGCUUUUGUCUUAUUUACAUAUCAGCAUCAGAAGAUAGCAUUUCCUUAAUAGCAACAUUAAAAAAAUAUAUAAAAUUAUGUUAACAAAGCUUGAAUAUUUUAGCACACUGAAAAAUAAAAUCUUGUACUACCUAUAAAGUCUUUGGAGGUCACUAGAGAAGUUGUGAACGACAAAUAAUCCUUCAUCAGUAUUUUCUUGGGUUUGUUUUGUCAUCACACAAAUUCACCUUAUAAGGAGAAAUCACCACUUUUAGUUGUUCUCAAGGACUUUAUCCACCAUACACUGGCAUAAAGGCACUCUCAGCUGAUAAUUACAGCCAGUGAUGACAGGAUGUGCUGUCCUGCUGUAUGUGAAUGUGUGAUUUCUGCUUGAAACUUUAGGAGCUAAUCUACAAGUGUGUAAAUCUGUGAAUGGAGAGAAGAAUGUUAAAACUGUAUCUCCAUCGCAGUAAAAAAAAAAAGUAAA